CAUCCACCCGUUCCACCUUUCCCUUUGCAAGGGAUAUCAUCAAUGGUCCCAUACUUUCUACUCAAUAAUUAACCAAGCUACUAAUUUGUCAUGGCUGAAUUCUCAAGUAGGAUAGAUUUCUGCGUGUUUCUGCUCUGCUUCUCCUUCCUCCCCCGACCCUCUGCACCCGACGAUCCCCCGUUACCGCCACCCAUUUCCGGCCGGAAAUCCGGCGAAGCUUGGGGAUUUUCUCCUUCUUCUCUUGUUCUUGAACCCAGAAAUUCUCCCCCCCCUGCUGGAAAAUCCGGAUCUGCUUUGCUUUGUCCGCCGGCUGCUCUUAUUGUAGGGGCGAAUUCUGGGCAUUUUUGGAUUUCCCGUGAGCUUCCCCUGCACUGCCGCCGGCUUCUCCCCUUGCCAAGUCCGGUUCUGCAGCUAGAAAUUCCGGUUUUGAUCGUUCUGUCACUGUAGCACUUGGGUUAGCCUUCUGUUCUGUGCGAGUAAGGAAGCGAAACCGAGGACGGGGAAACCGAGGGGAGUGACGAGUUAGAGUUAGAAGGCUAGCCAUUUCGAGGUUGAUAUAGAUUUUAGAAAUAAAUCGUGAUCUGUAAUCCAGAGUGUAUUUGGAGAUUUUAUGAUAUCAGAAUAAAUUUUAAAAAGAUUUUAUCUGUAGAUUUUGGUGAUAUCAGACGUGAAUUGAAUAAAUUUCGAGCCUUGUG